GUUAUCGGUUCCUGGAUGUCGAUAAACGGGGAGGUAUUCGCAUCUUGUAAAAACUCUGCUGUGCAUAAAUUCAGAUCAUUCGGACAAAAAACUCAUUCUACUGGGAGGAGUCAUCUGUUGACAUAAAUGGAGCAGCAGAGGACAUGCGAAUUUUCCGAAGAAACUGUAAUGCGCUGCGCGAAGCGAUAUGCGCUGCAUGGGCCAGCAAAAAGGCGGGUGAAAAGGUUAAUUCAUCUAAUUUUGCUACUUUGCUGAUUACAAUCAAGGAGCUAAAUCGAAAAACGCAGUUCCGUAUCAAAAAGGCUCGUGAGCGAACGACUGAGCAAAAGCUCGGCGUGGACAAACUCCAUUUAAGUCUUCAAAACCUUCUCUACGAAGUCGCCCAUUUAGAGAACGAAAUCAAAACAUGUUUGGAGUUUAAAUCUGAACAUGACAAACUCAAACUCAUUCCUGUCCAAGAAUUUUGUGAGGCUACGGGGCACAAUCCUUCAUAUGUAUCCACCCACGACGGAACUCUUGAGCGGCUCUACUGGGAGUUAGAGCAACGAAAAGAACUCUCGAAAUCAUUUGAAAGACUUCAAAACACACUGGAUGAUACCGUAUCGCAGAUUAAACGAAAACAAGAAUAUCUGUCUAGUUUCAACUUGAAGCUAAAAGAACUAACGGAUAAUACUCUUGCCGUGCAGGAACUUAUGAAUUUACCGUUCAGCAAAGAAGAGAAGCAGCACACAUUGGGCUCCAUGUUGCCUUCACCAUUGUACAUACUUUAUGCUCAUCUCAAGUCGUAUAUAUCUAUGUCUGGGCGCAGUUCCCAUCUUUCGGUCGAGAUUGAGGGUGAUGCCGAAUUAGCGAGGGCAGUAAAUCAAACUCUAUCACAGUCCAGUCCUUGCCAAAUUGCUCCACAAGAACAAGACGAUUCUGAAGUUGAAGCGGAGACAGAAGUCGUUAAGAAGCGAAAACUCAGCCGACACAAAAGCAAGACCCAGGAUUCUUCUGAAAGAUCCUUAUCAAGCAGUCAGAUAAGCUCACUCCACCCGCUAUCGGUGGUCCUGACUCUGACCCAUCCCACAGAGCAACAUGUCGAGUCAAUUGAACCGAGACUUCAACUGAAACUCGCUUUUUCGUGGAUAUUGAGCAUGCGAUUGGUUACUGUCGUUAUGCAGCUAAAAUCGAUUGACGAGCAUGCAUUGCUUCGUUCCUCCUCUGGAAGUGACAUGUUGUGCUCAGAACUACUCCUGUCAAAUCUGUCGUGGGGCGAUGAAGGGGUUAGCGCCGAUCUCCCUGCCCUACUUGCCGCCUCGUCUCAGUUGUGGAAUGCCUGCCAGCCUAUUGGUCGCCCCUAUUCAUGGGCUCAACAAUUAUGCGGCUUUCAUUGUCUGAUGGAAGUGAGCGCAGAUGCCUCAACAACACCGACAUUUUCCAUUAAAGGAGUGGAGGAGCCACUUCCCGUCGACGACGAGCUCUGGAAUCGUGGUUUCAGUACAAAGUUUGGGCGCAUUGACGCUUGGCUCCAAGCAGUCGAGCAACGGUUACGUAGUCGGUUGGCUUUGGUGAAUGAGUUGACCAUGAUCGAAGCGGGAAGACCAGCUCUAUCUGUCGAGCAGAUGAGUCUUCUUUCUCCCUCUCGCGCUGCGGAUGUGCAGCUGAUCGACUGGAAACGAAGCACUGUGGCCAGACUACAUACAGUUCCCAGGGCUCAAGUACCCAUUGCUCUUCAUCUCAUCCAACCAACAGACGCCAUUUUCCAGUGCGAAUUUAUUCGCGGGACCUCUUGUUCUGCUAUUGUCUGGGUGUGUCUGCCUGUCGAUUAUCCCCUGAAACCGCCGUUGAUUGUUGUGGAUUCUAUCAGCACCAGAGCAUCGACGAGGAAGUCGGAAAAGUUUGUGGACAGCGGUUUGUCGGACUUACAAUUACAGGAACUGGAAUCGGAGGUUAACUGUUUCUGGCAGGAGUUCUUCACUACCAGUUCUGCCACUGAUGUGUUUGAACGCAACAUCCUCUCCUGUCAACUGGAGCGCUGUGCCUGUUGUCUAGACGCCCUGUGGUCCAUGUCAGGCUCCGCUGAUAAUCGCGGCGUUGCUGUCGCAGUGAAUCAGACACGGGGUAUCAGAUACCCAACACGAAGUCUUCCUCUCAGGUAUCUUCCCUCCAUUGGAGCUUUUACUCACCGAUGAAUUACGUGUGCCAAUCCGAUCCACUGCUUUCGCAGUCUACUUUCUUGCAAAUACAUCGCAUUGGUUUUCUUGUAUUC